AUGUCGUGCCUACAUAACGGGGAUCUGGCGCCGUAUUUGGCGUGCAAUGACGAGCUCCCUGAACACCUCCACCUUUCUGCCACAGCCCAUCUCACAACUCUGGAGGAACAGCUCAGGGAAGCUAGGGAACGUGUCGAAGAGCUAAAGGAAGCACUUGCGAAGGCACAAUGCGACGUAUCCGCUGCGGAGGACCGGGUCGAAAACUACCAAAAACUGGUCUCUCCAAUUCGAAGGCUUCCAGCAGACCUCUUAGCCCGCAUCGUCCUUUUCACCAUGCCUGUUUCUCCCAGCUUUCCCCACUUCAGAGUCGAUUCCGAGCAUGAUUCGCUGGAAAGGUUGCGCCGGGUCUGCAAGAAAUGGAAGAAUGCCAUGGACUCCUCCCCGGAGUUGUGGAAGAGGCUGUGGCUGGAUGGGACGGGAAUGAGGCCCAGAACCAUAGCGCGUAUUCUGCGGCGCUGGUUCUCCCGUGCUGGAGAGGGUGGUUUGGGUCUGGCAAUCGUGUUCCCCUCCAACGUAUAUUCCGGGAACUAUGGGGACCUAGUCGCCUUCCUGCGAAGCAAGGUUUGGAAGGGACUGGCCUUUCGCGACACAAGUCCAGAGAUUCUCGAGGCAGUCUUCAACGAAGAGUACGACUGCUCUACGCUGGAAACCCUACGGGUCAGCUGGGGCCGACCCAAGCUAGAUUACAACAGGCCCGAGCGACAUCCACUCUACCGAAAGUUCCCGGCUUUUCUUCAACGCUUUUCCCGCCUCAAGCACCUAUCCAUCUGGUGGGACGUCCUCGACUCAAUUCAGAAGCCAGAGCUUUUUAAGCUCCCCUGCUUGACGGAUAUAGAGUUGACUGGGCCGAUGCCGGAAGAUUAUGUCCGGCGUCUUCUUCUGGGGUUGCCUUCCCUGAAGAAUGCGGCAAUCUUUGCCUUCGAACCAUGUCCCCGGAUAGAGUCGCAGGAUCUGGAUAGUCAACUUUCCAUCGAGCGCCUGACCAUCCUCGAGGGAAGGUGCCAGUGGUUUUUGAAGGAGCUGCCACUCCUCAAAGCACUACGCCUGGCUGGAUUCUGGGAGCAAUGGUCACUCUUGUUCAUUCCGACCAAUCCUGCCUCCAUCUAUCGAUUCACCAACCUCCGUCUCGUCUGCUUGGCCAAGUCGUACAUGGAGCCGGAUGACAUUGCGUUCGCAGUGUGCCAUCUCCCUCCCUCUGUGCGCGUGGUUCGUGUUUUCUCCAUGGGAUUCCUUCGGUGUAUUUCUCGCCGCAUGGCAGCUCGCAACUUCGUCUGCAGGCGCCUUGACAUCGUUAUUAAGGAAUCAUUCCUGUUUGGCUGGGAGGUGACCAUCAAGCAUUUGGUGAAGGUGUUUGUGAAGAAACGCCCUGGGAGGGCCAGGGACGCGUUUCGCGGGAGGGAUCUCGUGAUCUGGAUUAAGGUGUCGUCGUGGCAGCAGUUCCACGGGUAUAGCAAGGAGUGGCACGACUGGCUGGACCAGCUGCGUUCUGUCAAUGUGCGGUUUGAGCUUACGCUGGGACCUUGUCCCGGAGAUGAUGUAGAAUUUGACAUCCCUUAUCUGUAG